GACUCAACUCGAACUUCCAUCUUCGAGCUUUCACCAAGUUAGCUGCUUGUGCCACAAGUUCACCGUGCCUGUCUUGAUCACUCACUCUCCCCGUUAUCUUAUUCUUGUGCAUAAACCGUCAUGGCCGUUACAUAUGAACCGCCCCGCGGCGAUGUGGUCGCUGCCCUCAACUUCUACGCUCCGCCCGAGGACGGCUCAGCUCCCUACAACCUGGCCGGCGACGUUCCCCCGGGCGUGACGCCACGCAACUAUGGCACCGACACCCAGCAGGUGCUGAUUCGCGACGCCCGCGGCCGGGAGGCCGACUUCACCCUCGACAAGGACGCCUUCCAGAUCAUCCUCAACCAGCCGCCCUCUGCAGAGAAGUCCUUCACGGACGACGCCUCCAUCGAGAAGAACUAUUACCCCGAGGUUGAGCGCCUGCUGCUGGACACCGUCCCGGGCGCCAACAAAGUCAUCAUCUUCGACCACACCAUCCGACGCACCUCGCCGGACUCCAAACGGCAGCCCGUCGCGCGCGUGCACAUCGACCAGACGGCCUCGUCCACGAUCAAGCGGGUGCGGCGGCACGCGUCCUCGGCGGCGGAGGCGGACGCGCUGCUGGCGGGGCGGUACCGCAUCAUCAACGUGUGGCGGCCGCUCAACGCGCGGCCGGUGGAGUCGUUCCCGCUGGCGUUCGCGUCGUCGGCGACGGUGCGCGACGCCGACGUCGUGCCCGUCGAGCACCGCUACCCGGCCUCGGCGGGCGGCUACGUGGGGCAGACCGCCGCGAUCCGCCACAGCCCCGGCCAGGAGUGGUGGUACCUGAGCGGCAUGACGGGCGACGAGCGCAUCCUGCUCGAGUGCUUCGAUAGCGAGGCGCUGCGGGAGGGCAGCGGCGUGCAAGGCGGCCGGGUUGCGCACUCUGCCUUUGAGGACCCGCGGACGCGGAAGGGCGCCGAGGGCCGGGAGAGCAUCGAGGUGCGGGCGCUGGUAUUUGGGCCGUAAGGAGCAUGUUGUGUUUUUCUUGUUUCCGGUCGCUAGGUUCUCGCGGAGGUUCGCACUGCUGGUUUACAAAGCACGGAGUUUUAGGCGGUCGUUCGUCUUCAUCAUAUCAGCAUAGCGAAGAAAUGGCAUUGAAUUGAGAACUGAAAGUCGGGUAUACGGCAAAGUGUGAGAGCCUAGUUACCCUGUUGU